AGGACGCCAAUUUGUAUAGUUAUCAAGAUUAUCUUCAAAAUCUCUUUCCGUGAAUACUCUUCGCUAGUCACUGUAUGAAUGUAUGUAUGCAUGUACUGUUGACAUUCAAUAUGGCGGCAUGUCGUCAGUGCUAUGCUGUGUUGUGCUUGUGUAACUGAUAGAUUCAACAAAAGUACCAAGUGAGCGCACUGUAACUUGAAGCAACGAACAAGGAAACACAAUCUGAACCCAGCAAGCAUUGAAGACAUCUGAGGAUUUUCUAACAAUUUAGUUAUAAAUUAGAAUCUUUUUGUUUUUUUUUACUAUUGUAUUGAUUUUAAGGCUCUAUUGUGUGAGUGCAAAGGACUUUGUGUGUAAUGCGAAUAAACGUUGGAGACUUUGUGGAUUUAACUCUGUAAAUAUAUUCUAUUUUUUAAAAUGUUUUACUCUUUUUUAUUAUUGUGUUAAAUAAGAUACAAGUGUUGUAGAUAACGUUCAUCUCUCUUUGAGGGUGGUGUCGCAUUGUAUACAAAGGCGUACUGUGAUAGUCGAAUUACUUACAAGCUGAAUAUAAAUCGGUAUAAAUAAUACACUACUAUGUCAAACAAUCCUCAGUGGAAAUCUUUCCAGCCGCCAACUAUGAACUCGGACUCAUCAAUUCUUGACUUUGCAAAAUCCUUGACACCUUCGAACUACAGAAACCCUUCCAAUGGUCCUGGCUUCAACAGCAGUAACAAUUUCCAUCCAGGAUCCAACAUCAAGAAUCUUUCUAACAACGUAUUUAGCAACACUUCAAGUAGCAACUUCUCCAAUUACAACGCUUACACAACUAACAACACGAGGUUCCCGCAAAUAGGCACCUUCACACCUGACGUGUCUGAUCUGUAUAGCGGUGACUCUCCACCUGUCAACAACUCCUACUCCAACUCAUCGUCAAACAACACCAACUCUACUUACAAUGACUCAUCUUUGAACAACCAAGGAACACGGGAGACUGGCAUAAUUGAGAAACUAUUGCAUUCAUACGGGUUUAUUCAGUGCUGUGAACGACAGGCUCGCUUAUUCUUCCACUUCAGUCAAUUUAGUGGAAAUAUUGAACAUUUGAAAAUUGGUGACCCAGUCGAGUUUGAAAUGACAUAUGACCGUCGGACUGGCAAGCCAAUCGCAAGCACUGUCACAAAAAUCGCACCAGAAGUUGUUCUGAGUGAAGAGAGGGUAACAGGAACAGUAACCACAGAACUUCGCGUGGAUGGCUCUGGAGGGGACACCCAGGGUCGUAUUAGCUACGAGAAUAGAGGCGAGUGCUUCUUCCUGCCGUACAACAAGGAUGAUGUUGAAGGCAACGUCACUCUGCGUGCGGGGGAUAAAGUCAGCUUCCAAGUCGCGGCCAAUCAGCGUGGGAACCUUGGAGCCAGCCAUGUAAGACUGGAAAACCCAGCACAUCCAGUCAAGUACCAGGGAGUGGUUUGUUCAAUGAAAGAAUCAUUUGGAUUCAUUGAACGAGCUGAUGUCGUUAAAGAGAUCUUCUUCCACUUUUCUGAAAACAAGUCAAAGGAUGACUUACAGCUGGGAGAUGAUGUUGAAUUCAUCAUUCAAACAAGAAAUGGCAAGGAGGUGGCUUGUAACAUUACAACUCUGGCGCCGGGAUCUGUGGUGUUUGAGGAUGUAGCCACUGAUAUUGUGAAGGGUCAGGUCCUCAAGUCUGUGGACAGGGGCUCACAGGCUCGACACCAGAAUGAUCCUCUUCCUGGUCGCAUCCGCUACAGAGCACCAGACCAUUCGGAGGUAGAAAUACCUUUUGGUGAUAAGGACCAGAGAAGGGACUUCACGCUCAAGCAUGGAGACUGGGUACAAUUUCGGAUCGCCACAGACCGUAGAGACCAACUGCAGAGAGCCACCAAUAUCUCGCUGCUGCCCGAGUCGUUUGUCGUGUCUGGGGAGAAGCGAGAGCAGGGAGUCGUUGUUGCUCUGAAAGAGGGCUUUGGCUUCCUGCGUUGUGUGGAACGAGAGCCUCGUCUUUAUUUUCACUUCAAUGAAGUUUUGGAUGUUGAUCGAGACAUUGCUAUAAGCGAUGAAGUGGAAUUCACAGUUGUUCAGGAACCAAAUUCAACAUAUGGGAGCAGUAACCGUCAGAGUGCCAUCCGGAUCAAGCAUCUUCCGACAGGCACUGUCAAGUUUGAGACUGUAAUGGAGGAGGGUCUGACAGGAGUUGUCACUAAAGAGCCUCCUCCUUCUCUCUGGUCUCGCAGUCCUACCAAAAAUAACUCUCUUUCUCCAGGAAGUAACGAGAAACCUCCAGAGCCAGGAAUUAUUACUUAUCAAAGCAACGGAACAAAGAAGACAAUUCCUUUUUACUACAAAGACUGUGAUCCGAGGAAUGCGCCUCACCAAGGGGACAAAGUUGAUUUCUCAAUAAGCCAAGUAAAACGUAAUAAAGAGAUGAUCGCAACAGAUAUUGUAACUAAGCCACAAGCUCAGUCAGUGCCUACAAAGAAUGGUGUAUCAAACCCGGGCCCACUUUGUCAGGGGUUCAUCGCCGCUCUCAAAGAUGCCUUUGGGUUUAUAGAAACUGUUGCUCAUGAUCGUGAAGUGUUCUUCCAUUUCAGUAACUUUGAAGGGGAUGCGUCUACCCUUGAGCUAGGCCAGGAGGUGGAGUACUGCCUGGGUGUGCGGGGUUCGUCAGGCAGCUGCAAGUCUGCGGAGAACGUGCGGGUGCUUCCGUCGGGUACGAUAGUGCAGGACGUGACAGUGGCCGAUGAGGUGCUGGAGGGCAUUGUGAAGAGACCACUGCGCAGUGUCAAUCCGGAGCAAGCUCAGUACUCGGGAUUCAUCUCACUGUUGGAUCCAGAAGGGGAAGAGAAUGUUCCUGGGUACGAGUUCGGCAUCACGAGUCUAGCCAACAAACGAGAACUGCUACAGGUGGGAGACCCUGUACAGUUCCAAGUGGAUUCGGAGGGCCGAGCAGCCAACGUUACAGCCAUCCGGAUAAAGAAGAAAGCUACUGUAGAGUCCAUCAAAGGAUGUUAUGGUUUCCUUAACUAUGAAGUAGAGGAAGGCAAGAAAUUGUUCUUUCACAUGUCAGAGGUAAAGGAUCGAGAAAAAGAUAAACUUUCUCCGGGGGACACAGUUGAGUUUGUGUUGGUUACCCAUAACCGUAACAAGAAAUCUUUCGCUACCGGUGUGUCAAAAUUGAGUGAGGCGCAGGCGGGCCAGCGACCAGAGCGACUCAUUAGCCGACUGCGCACUGUGUCACUGGACGACGGGCCUAAAUUGGUUGCCACACGACAACCGCGCGGACCCGAUGGCACCAAAGGCUUCUCUGCAACUCACAGGGUGCCCAGAAUGCCAGGAGUCGUACUAGAGUAGUUCCUCCUCCGCAGGUUUCCAAUUCCCGUGCCGCACCGCAGUCGUCAUUGCGGAACUUGUCAUUUUAAUUCCCUGUCCGGCCCAAUCGAGUGUAGGGAUUUCCUUAUGUUGUCAGAUCUAGUCAGUAUUGAACAAAAGCCACCAAAACAGUUGUUAUGAAAUUUCUUCCUCGGUUUCCAUUUUCAUUGUGUAAAUGUGGGAAUUGGAAACUUGUCAUGAAGUUUGUAAAGUUUCAUAUGUUCUGUUAUAAUAUCCAGCACAGCAACAUUAUAUAUAAAAACAUCAAAUGCAUAAUAUUCUACAGUUUUUCAUAUCAGGAAUAUUGAGCAUUAUAAUUUAUUUUACUUUAUUUUAUAUGAAUAGUUAAAAACUGAAAGCAGGUUCUUUACUUAAUUUUGAUUAAAAAUGUUAGUUUAUUCAAAUGCUUACUCAUACUGAUAGUUUUGUGUAUAAUUAUCAACUGAUUUUUAAUAGAAAAAUUGUGAUGUGCAAAAUGCCUUUAAUAAGUAAAAAAUCUAAAAUGUGGAGUAGACUUAUUCCAGUGAAGGUUAUAAAACUUUUCUGUAUUCAUUACUGAUCUAUCAGUGCCCACAUUGACUGAAGUCUUCAUAACGUAAUAGUGACAUGUUUGCAAAUAAAAAUUGGUGAUGUUUUGAACUAACUCUUUAAGUUAUGUCAUGUUUGUCUCUAAUAAUUUCUUUUACUCAUAGUUCUACAUAUAAGCUAAUGUACCAUAGCAAAAACGUUAAUGGUUAUUCUUUGCAUGUUUCCAUAAAAAUAUGUAAAUACAACAUAAUAUAUGGAGAUAAUUUAGAAAUUAGGCACUAAUAAUUAAAUGAAUUACACGUCUGUGAUAAUAUUUUGAUCACUUACUCAACAAAAGGGCAUAAUUUUAGAGUCAUAGUAAUUUGUGCUAUAUCUUAGUGGCUAGUACUGUUUGCUUCUGUGAAAAUGUAGUGGUAUGUAUGUGAAAACUACUUCAAUGCAUGUAUAUUUAGAUUAGAUUUAGUUAAACCCUUGCUUAUAAGUUUAUUUCACCAUUUAUAGAAGAAUAUUAGAAGUGAGUUUCUGUGAUUAAGGUUGGGCUUCUGUAUGAUUUUAUAUUUUUACUAUUGGUUUAAACACAAUAAAUAGUCAUUAUUUCUUUUAGCAGUUUCUUAUUUAUAUUUUCAGUUUUUAAUUUAUUUUAUUGUUUCUUUCACUUUUUACUAGGGUAAUUUAAUUCCUUAUUCAGUAGUUUCCAAAUAACAUAAUUAAUCUUUAAAAUUACAUCCCAUCUUAAGUAACAUUUAACAAAACAAAAUAUCUAUACUACUUCUAUUUAAUCAUUUAGAUCUUCCCUCGUCAAAAAUAAACUUUAAAUAAGAACUUCUGUAAUACUCACAAUAUUUCUUCAGUUGAUAUUUUGAAUGAUUAUUCAUUUUACUAAAUAGCAUUAUACGAGGGUUGUUCAGAAAGAAAGUCCUGUUUUUCUUUAUAGAAGUCAAUUUAUAUACAUGUUUUUCGUUGUACGCAACAUGAGGCUACAACUUUCAGAUAUAAAUUUACGUAUUCACCACCCACAGUAAGGCACUGUAGUGUUGAGAUGACUUGAGUUUCUAAAUGCCCUCCUUGUAGAAUUCUUAUCAGUUUGGUGUGAUUCACUCAUGCUCUGCUGCAUGGAGAAUUAGCAGUCAGAAUUUUAAUCAAAAUUGCCUGACAUCCAUGGGAAAUGUUCUUAAAAUUUUUUAACUAGUUCCCAAGUCACUACAAAUGGUAAUCCACCUACGUUUUGAAUAUGGAUGGAUUAUAAAGUCUGACAGAUAUCUUCACCUUUUCAGUUUUUCACAAACAUUUGAUUGGCUUAAUGGACACCACCAAACAAAACGGAUCUGGGCUGUGCAUUGAUAAUAGCACUACCCCCACCAACUCCUCUACAUACCUGAAAGAAUUGGAGGUUAAUUUUUUAAGAGCCUUUGUAUAAUUUAAAUUACUGGUUUUGUACAUUUUUACUCAAUCAAUUUAUUCCUUUAUUGUUCUUUUCUAACUAAUGCCAUUAUCUGAAUGUAGGAUUUUGGAACAAAUAUUGAGCAUUGCUUUUGUUGUGGUAUCUACAAAAUAGAUAAAUAUGGAGCAAGAUUCCAAUUUGUAUGCAUUCUUUACAAUUGUAUCAUAAUCAUGUGUAUCAAAUUUUAAUAAAUAUAAAGUAUUUAACUAAAUGGGUCAUUGAAAACAUUUAUUUUUCUAUUUAUAAUCAGUACUAGUGUUUGUUAAAUGGUUUGUGUUUUAUGAUUAAUUCCAACGUACCAGACAAUUGUUGUCAGUUAUAAUAUUUAUUUUUUCGCAGCAGGUUUGUGAAAAUGUCAUUAUGCUGUGUAUGUAUUGUGCUAGAUUAUAGUUUUACAAAAUUAUGUUACCACUAAAGCUAAAUUACCCUUAAUUUCUUGUUCAAAAAUACACACUUUUAACAUUAAAAUGUGUUUUAAUUGUGCAAUUUUCAUUGUUUUUGUUUCAAAAGUUUUAUCUUAGUUUUUUAAUACAUUUUAUGCAGUUUGUUUUGAUUGAAAAUAUGUUUAUAAAUGUUUUGUAAUACAUUCUUUAUUUUGUAUUUUGGUUUGCAACUUUUUUGUUGAAAAGCUUUAUCAUCUCAGUGCUUGAGCGUGGAUUCUUUUUCUUUUUUCAAAGUUUGUUGAAAGAAAGAAACUGCAUUUAUUAUAAAAAUAAAGACUAUUUAGGAAUUUUUCCCUUACGAAAAAUCGGUACUGUAAUGUUUGUGUACUUGAGUGUAGUGUGUUGUGUUGUUGAAGUUCUUGAAUUCAUUUCAAAUACCCGGUGUUAAAUUAUAGAAACGACACAAUGCUUCCUAGACUGGCAGUUCCUCCCCUGCACUCAACCAGUCUUAUAUACCUGGAGUAUUAUUGUGUGAUAUGUUUGAAAAUAUAUUGUAAGAUAAAUUUUAAAUGUUGUAACAAAUAUAUAAGACAAAUAGUUAUGCUACAAUACAAUCAUAAAAUUGUUUAACAAAUUUAUAGAUGCAUAAUAUGAAGUCCAAAUAGACUGUCAAUUGCUUUACAUAAUCUUUUUUGCAUCAAUUAGUGUUAGACUUGACCCAUUGUUAUUCUCCUUUCUAUUGAAUGAUCUUCAUAAAAUGUACCUUCCUUUGGUUAGUUGUUGACUGAGAGUAAUCAAGGCUUGAAGUUUGUGUGGGCACUGAACUUGUUGCUAAUUAAUUAUAAUUCAUAAUCGUUUCUGUUUGUGCUGCUAUGAAUUGUUGAUGAGACACAAUAAGACUUUACCUUAUUUAAACUGAAA